GUUAGAGACUGCCAUGCGAUUCAAGCGGUGAAUUCCCUGCUGGUUUAUUUCGAGGAUUUUGCACAGAUUUAAUUAACAAAUAAUUAUAGGCCUAUGUGUUAACCGCGGGAAAAAGAACUGUACGUGGUCGUGGAUGUAACUGUUGCACUUUCAAUACAGACAUGAACCACUGAAGCUGAGACGGACGAAGGACUGCAAUAAGCUCACGUGACGAGCUCUAUUCCCCCACCACCAGAAGAUCUCAAUCAUGACACCCAAAUGGCUGGUGAUAUUUUUCCUUUUUCUACAAUCUGGGACCAACAAUGCAUUCCCCAUGGCCCCGACCAAGCUUCCCCCUGAGACAGGCACCUACAGGGUCACAGACACAAGCCUCACUCAUCUCACAGUGCACAGCCGGACGGGAGAGGUCUAUGUGGGAGCAGUGAACUUGGUCUAUAAGCUGUCUGCCAACCUAACAGAGCUGCGUUCACACAUGACUGGCCCCGUGGAAGACAACGCCAAAUGUUACCCCCCUCCCAGCGUCCGAGCCUGUGCACAUAAACUGGAGUCCUCUGACAAUGUCAACAAGUUGCUGCUGGUUGAUUACGCUGGCAACCGCCUGGUAGCAUGUGGAAGCAUCUGGCAGGGUGUGUGUCAGUUCCUGCGGCUGGAGGACCUCUUCAAGCUGGGAGAGCCCCAUCACCGUAAGGAGCACUACCUCUCUGGAGCCAGGGAGGCCGACGGCAUGGCAGGAGUGGUGGUUGACAGAACAGAAGGGAAGUGGAAGAAUGAGAAGAAGGGGGGCAGUCGGCUGUUCAUCGGUGCAGCCAUCGAUGGCAAGUCAGAGUAUUUCCCUACCCUGUCCAGCCGUAAGCUGGUCGCUGAUGAAGAGAGUGUUAACAUGUUCAGUCUGGUCUACCAGGACGAGUUUGUGUCCUCACAAAUCAAGAUACCCUCCGACACUCUGUCCCUCUACCCGGCGUUUGACAUCUACUACGUGUAUGGAUUCUCCAGCCGUACCUACAUCUACUUCCUCACGUUGCAGCUGGACACACAGCUCACCCAGAUGGAUGCCACUGGUGAAAAGUUCUUCACCUCCAAGAUAGUGCGGAUGUGUUCCAAUGACACCGAGUUCUAUUCGUAUGUGGAGUUCCCCCUGGGUUGCACCAAGGAUGGGGUGGAGUACCGGCUGGUCCAGUCCGCCUACAAGCACCGUCCAGGUCGGAUGCUGGCCCAGGCCUUAGGGCUCUCUGAGGACGAGGAUGUGCUGUUUGUGGUGUUCUCCCAGGGCCAGAAGAACCGGGCCAACCCGCCUCGGGAAACAGUCCUGUGUCUCUUUACCCUGCAUCAGAUCAACCUGGCCAUGAGGGAGAGGAUCAAGUCGUGCUACCGUGGGGAAGGCAAGCUGUCCCUGCCAUGGCUGCUCAACAAGGAGCUCCCAUGCAUCAACACGCCAAAGCAGAUUGGGGAUGAUUUCUGUGGGCUGGUGUUGAACCAGCCUCUGGGGGGUCUACGGGUGAUAGAGGGGACCCCUCUGUAUGAUGACCGCGUAGACGGCAUGGGAGCAGUAGCAGCCUACACCUAUGGAGACCACUCAGUGGUGUUUGUGGGAACCCGCAGCGGACACCUCAAAAAGAUUCGAGUGGAUGGCAUACCUCCCCCAUCCCAGAGUGCUUUGCUGUAUGAGACCGUUACAGUGGUUGAAGGGAAACCUAUUCUGCGUGACAUGGUAUUCAGCCCUGACUACCAAUACAUUUACCUGCUGAGUGACAAACAGGUGAGCAGGCUACCUGUGGAGAGCUGUGGCCAGUACACCACCUGCAAGACCUGUCUGGGCUCUGGAGACCCCCACUGUGGAUGGUGUGUCCUUCACAACAAGUGUUCCAGACAGGAGGCCUGUGAGAAGUGGGCCGAGCCGCAGCAUUUUAACACAGAGCUGGAUCACUGUGUGGACAUUAGUGUCACACCUAACAACAUGUCUGUGACCUCUACUUCCACUCAGCUGACUGUGAAAGUGGUCAACGUGCCCAGCCUGUCAGCCGGGGUGACGUGUGUGUUUGAGGAAUUGACAGAGAGCCCAGGGGAGGUGCUGGCCAAGGGGCAGAUCCUCUGUAUGUCCCCCUCCCUCAAAGAUGUCCCCUCCCUCACACAGGGAUACGGUGACAAGCGAGUGGUCAAGUUCUUCCUGAAGUCCAAGGAGACAGGGCACAAGUUCAUCACCACUGACUUCGUCUUCUACAACUGCAGCGUGCUCCAGUCGUGCACCUCCUGUGUGAGCAGCCCCUUCCCCUGCAACUGGUGUAAAUACCGCCACAUCUGCACCAACAACCUGGCCGAGUGUUCCUUCCAGGAGGGACGCGUCAGCAGCGUGGAGGGCUGUCCCCAGAUCCUGCCCACCAGUGACAUCCUGGUACCUGCAGGGAUCAUUCGUCCAAUCACGCUGCGAGCCCGGAACCUCCCUCAGCCCCAGUCUGGACAGAAGAACUAUGAGUGUGUGUUCAACAUCCAGGGCAAGAUGCAACGCAUCCCAGCUGUACGCUUCAACAGCUCAUGUAUCCAGUGCCAGAACACUUCAUACUGGUAUGAUGGGGACGAGACGGGAGACCUGCCUGUUGACUUCUCUAUCGUCUGGGAUGGAGACUUCUUCAUCGACAAGCCUCCCACCAUGAAAGCCCUGCUGUAUAAGUGUGAGGCCCAGAGGGACAGCUGUGGCUUGUGUCUGAAGGCCAGCACAGCGUUUGAGUGUGGCUGGUGCCUGGACAACAAAAAGUGUCUCCUGAGGCAGCACUGCCAGACCCCGGAGCAGAACUGGAUGCAUCACGGCAGACACAACGUCCGCUGCAGCCACCCCCGUAUCAGCAAGAUCCACCCGUUGACAGGGCCCAAAGAGGGGGGCACGCGAGUGAUGAUCGAGGGGGAGAACCUCGGGCUGCAGGUGCGGGAGAUCGCCCAUGUCCAGGUGGCUGGGGUUCGCUGUAACCCUGUGCCCUCCGAGUACAUCAGCGCUGAGAGGAUCGUGUGUGACAUGUCCGAGGCGCUGUUGCCCCACUCUCCAGGUGGCCCAGUGGAGCUGUGUAUCGGGGUGUGCAGUGCAGAGUACCGCACUCAAUCGUCCCAGACCUACUCCUUUGUGACCCCCAGCUUCAACCGUGUGCGCCCGGAGAAGGGCCCCGUGUCUGGAGGGACCAGGCUGACAAUAUCAGGUCGUCAUCUGGACGCUGGGAGCACUGUCACUGUGUUCAUCGCCCAGGAGGAGUGUCUGUUUGUUAAGAGGACAAACAGGGACAUUGUGUGUGUGACACCGUCGUCACUGUCUGGCUCGGGGCCCGCAUCAAUCAAGCUGUUAAUUGACAAAGCCGAAGUCACCAGCAGUGACACACGAUACAUCUACACUGAGGACCCCACCAUCUCCAGCAUCGAGCCCAACUGGAGUAUAGUGAAUGGUAGCACCUUGAUCACCGUCACAGGUACCAACCUGCUCACCAUCCAGGAACCCAAAGUCCGUGCCAAGUAUGGAGGAAUAGAGACUACUAAUGUGUGCACUGUGGUAAAUGACUCUGUGAUGACCUGUCUGGCCCCAGGCAUCAUUUACACCAAGCACCAGGCCCCAGAGUCAGGCCUGCACCCCGACGAGUACGGCUUCAUUCUGGAUCACGUGGCCGCGCUGCUCGUCCUCAACGGGACACCUUUCACCUACUACCCCAACCCCACCUUCGAAACACUAGGGAACUCUGGGAUACUGGAGGUCAAGCCUGGCUCUCCCAUUAUCCUCAAAGGCAAGAAUCUGAUUCCCCCUGCUCCGGGCAACACCCGCCUGAACUAUAGCGUGAUGAUUGGUGAAACACCCUGUCUGUUAACCGUCUCGGAGUCUCAGCUGCUCUGUGAUUCGCCAGACCUGACCGGGGAACAGAGAGUCCUGAUUGUGGUGGGUGGUCUGGAGUACUUCCCAGGGACCCUGCACAUCUACUCUGACAGCACCCUCACCCUGCCGGCCAUCAUCGGGAUCGGGGCGGGAGGAGGGGUGCUCCUCAUCGCCAUCAUCGCCGUGCUCAUCGCCUACAAGAGGAAGACCCGGGAUGCUGACCGCACCCUGAAACGCCUGCAGCUGCAGAUGGACAACCUGGAGUCCAGAGUGGCCCUGGAGUGUAAAGAAGCAUUCGCUGAGCUGCAGACAGACAUCCAGGAGUUGACCAAUGACAUGGACGGAGUGAAGAUUCCAUUCCUGGAGUAUCGCACCUACACCAUGAGAGUCAUGUUCCCUGGCAUCGAGGAGCACCCCGUCCUCAAGGAGCUGGAUGUAAGUUCCCCGGCCAAUGUGGAGAAAGCCCUGCGUCUGUUCAGCCAGCUGCUGCACAAUAAGAUGUUCCUGCUGACCUUCAUCCACACCCUGGAGGCCCAGAGGUCCUUCUCCAUGCGGGACCGCGGCAACGUGGCCUCUCUACUCAUGGCCGCGCUGCAGGGCCGCAUGGAGUAUGCCACCAUGGUGCUCAAACAGCUGCUGGCAGACCUCAUCGAGAAGAACCUUGAGAACCGCAACCAUCCCAAACUGCUGCUCCGACGGACAGAGUCUGUGGCAGAGAAGAUGCUCACCAACUGGUUUACGUUUCUGCUGCAUCGAUUCCUCAAGGAGUGUGCAGGAGAGCCUCUGUUCAUGCUGUACUGUGCCAUCAAGCAGCAGAUGGAGAAGGGGCCUAUAGACGCAAUCACAGGAGAGGCUCGCUACUCCCUCAGUGAGGACAAGCUCAUCCGCCAGCAGAUCGACUACAAACAGCUGACUCUGAUGUGUAUCCCUCCGGAGGGCGAGGCAGGCACGGAGGUCCCGGUGAAGGUGCUAAACUGUGACACGGUCACUCAGGUCAAGGACAAGCUGCUGGACGCUGUAUACAAGGGCAUUCCCUACUCCCAGAGACCCCAGGCUGACGACAUGGACCUUGAGUGGCGACAAGGUAGACUGACCAGAAUUAUCCUUCAAGAUGAGGACGUCACCACGAAGAUCGAGAGUGACUGGAAGAGGCUCAACACCCUGGCCCACUACCAGGUGACCGAUGGUUCUCUGGUAGCCUUGGUCCAGAAGCAGGUCUCAGCCUACAAUAUUGCUAACUCAUUUACCUUCACCCGCUCUCUGAGCCGCUAUGAGAGCCUCCUGAGGACGUCCAGCAGCCCAGACAGCCUGCGCUCCCGGGCCCCCAUGAUCACCCCUGACCAGGAGACUGGCACCAAGCUCUGGCACCUGGUCAAGAACCACGAGCACGCUGACCAACGGGAGGGCGACCGCGGCAGCAAGAUGGUGUCUGAGAUCUAUCUCACCCGCCUACUGGCAACCAAGGGAACUCUGCAGAAGUUUGUGGAUGAUUUGUUUGAGACAGUGUUCAGCACGGCUCACCGCGGCAGUGCCCUCCCUCUGGCCAUCAAGUAUAUGUUUGACUUCCUGGAUGAGCAGGCCGACAGGAGGCAGAUCACUGACCCGGACGUCCGCCACACCUGGAAGAGCAACUGUCUGCCCCUGCGUUUCUGGGUGAACGUGAUCAAGAACCCCCAGUUUGUGUUUGACAUCCAUAAGAGCAGCAUCACGGACGCCUGUCUGUCUGUGGUGGCCCAGACCUUCAUGGACUCCUGCUCUACAUCAGAGCACCGCCUGGGCAAGGACUCGCCCUCCAACAAGCUGCUCUACGCUAAAGACAUCCCCAACUACAAGAGCUGGGUGGAGAGGUAUUACAGAGAUAUCAGUAAGAUGCCCACCAUCAGUGACCAGGACAUGGAUGCCUAUCUGGUGGAGCAGUCUCGUCUCCAUGGCACCGAGUUCAACACUCUUAGUGCUCUCAGUGAGCUCUACUUCUACAUCAACAAGUACAAAGAGGAGAUUUUGACAGCACUGGACAGGGAUGGGUACUGCCGCAAACACAAGUUGCGACACAAACUGGAACAAGCCAUUAACCUUAUGUCGGGCAGCAGCUGAGGGCAGAGGAUGGAACAGGGGGUCAGGGGUCGGGGAGAAAG